GCGCACCAGAAGCUCGACUGGGCCGCGGGACACCGCCGCCGCUGCGGGGCAGCUCAGUCGGACACAGAGAUCCCAGACCAUGGGUUCCUUUUCCCAGAAUAUGAAAUUGUAAUUGAACCCGAGGAAACUGAGUCCUCUGAUAGUGAAGUGGAACCUGAUGGCAACAAGGCAAAACCUGAUGACAGUCCCACAGAUGGAGAUUCACAGAAGGAUCCCAAGAAACAUGAAUUGGAAGCUGCAGGUGGUAUCGGUGAAGUGUUUGAGCCACUAGAUGAAGAACAAUUGGAGGCAAUGGCAAAACAUGAGACUCUAGAAGAUAAGAUCUUCCAAAAGUUCAAGAAUCGAAUAGCUGCUGAGCCAGAGCAGAUUAUCAGAUACUGCAGAGGAGGAGGAGGUGGCCCUAUCUGGGUGUCAGGUGAAAAUAUUCCUGAAGCAAAAGAUAUCCCAAACUGUUCUUGUGGUGCCAAGAGGAUAUUUGAAUUCCAGGUUAUGCCACAGCUGCUGAACUACCUGAAGGUUGACAGCUUAGAAGAAAGCAUUGACUGGGGCACGUUAGUAGUUUAUACCUGUGCUGAAAACUGUAACCAAGGAGGCGGGUAUAUUGAGGAGUUCGUAUGGAAGCAGGAUUUCACUGCAGACUCUGUUUAACUUUGACAAAGAAAUUGACUUUGUAUUCUCCAAGUUCAGGGUGGCUGCUUUAGUCUCUGAACUAGGCUUUCAUACUUCAGUGCACAUGUGUACACAUUUGCAAAAAUGCAACUGAACUAGCCAAUUGUUCUAUAUGACCCUGGGCAUUCAUCUAUUGCAAUUAAAUGGCAACUCUGUUAAAGAUGGCCUGGAGGAACUAAAGUGGAUCUUGUCAACUUCUUUCCACCCUCUGUGUAUUGUAUUGUACAGUUCACUUCAGCAUGCACAAGUGAAACCAAACAGUUCCGUUUCAGACUACAGCUUGUUAAUCUCACAAUACAAUUCUCUUAGCAGAAUACUGGAUGUAUCUAUAAAUAUUUAUUUGAAAUUAAAAAUUAACAUUUCUAUUACUUGUA